AUAAAAUACAAAUUCAUCCCUUUAAAGGCACAACCAUCUGCAUUUUCGUCUCUGCGUUUAGCCCUCUGUAACUUUCUAUUUUUCAUUUUUAUUUUUCCCUUUUAAUUUAAUAAUAAUUAUUUAUUUUCCAUAGACAGAAUUUUCAGAGCUUUAGCAAGAGUGAAUCAUAGUUUCAGCGAGUAACAUUCCUUACAAGAAAGAAAUACAUAUGUAAAUUGAAAAAAGAAAAAGGAAAUCAACUUUAUUUUAUUUUGAUAUUAGAGUUCGUUGUGCAUUUCAAUUGUGAAUUGGAUUUUGUGUCAGUGUUUUGUUCAAAAAGACGAAAGGGAAAGGGAUUUAUCUGAUUUUAUCUAUUAGGGUUUUUUGGGGCGUUGUUGAAUUGAUUAUUGUUUAUUGAGAGGGGACAUGGACAAGAAGAAGGUGGCAGUGCCUUUAGUUUGCCACGGGCAUUCGCGUCCUGUUGUGGAUUUGUUCUACAGCCCUGUUACUCCUGACGGCUUUUUUCUCAUAAGUGCCAGCAAAGAUUCUAGCCCAAUGUUGAGAAAUGGGGAGACUGGAGAUUGGAUUGGAACCUUUGAAGGACAUAAAGGUGCAGUGUGGAGUUGUUGCCUCGAUACUAAUGCAUUACGGGCAGCAUCUGCCUCUGCAGAUUUUACUGCGAAAUUGUGGGAUGCAUUAACUGGAGAUGAAUUGCACUCUUUCGAUCACAAGCACAUUGUUCGGGCUUGUGCAUUCUCAGAGGAUACACACCUUCUACUUACUGGUGGGAUGGAGAAAAUUCUUCGUAUAUUUGACUUGAAUCGUCCAGAUGCACCCCCUAGAGAAGUUGAUAGUUCACCUGGUUCAAUUAGAACAGUUGCAUGGCUUCACAGUGACCAGACUAUACUAAGUUCAUGUACUGAUAUUGGUGGCGUGAGGUUAUGGGACAUACGAAGCGGCAAAGUUGUCCAAACACUUGAGACAAAGUCACCUGUAACUAGUGCUGAAGUUAGUGUGGAUGGUCGCUAUAUAACUACUGCUGAUGGGUCUGCAGUUAAAUUUUGGGAUGCAAAUCACUUUGGGCUGGUCAAGAGCUACAAUAUGCCAUGCAAUGUGGAAUCAGCUUCAUUGGAACCAAAACUUGGUAAUAAAUUUGUUGCUGGUGGAGAAGAUAUGUGGAUCCAUAUAUUUGAUUUCAAUACAGGAGAACAGAUUGGAUGCAAUAAGGGUCACCAUGGUCCAGUUCACUGCGUGAGAUUCUCGCCUGGAGGUGAAUCCUAUGCUUCAGGAUCUGAAGAUGGGACUAUCAGAAUAUGGCAGACAGGCCCUGCAAACCUGGAAGAAAAUGAUUCAGUCGCCGGAAAUGGGCCAGCUGGGAAAGUGACGACAUCAGCUGAUGAUGUUGGCCAUAAGUUGGAAGGCUUCCAUAUGAGCAAAGAAGGGAAAAGUUGUGAGAACGAGAAGGCAACCGAUGACUGAUUAAGGCUACUGCUUUAGAUUGUCCAUUUUGGUCUUUGGUGGAGUGUGAAGUUGUAGGCAAUGUGCGCGUGACUUUUUGGGUGUUGUUCGUCUGUGGAAAUAAAUGGACUUAGAAAUCUUUUAUUAUUUUUCUUCCCUCCUGCAAAGGUAAAAGUAUAUCACUUUUUAAUUU